AUGAAUAGAUGGAUACGCCGAUGUGUGGGGAGUCGUGGUAGCACUACCGCUCGCAUACGAACCCAUCGCAACCGCCUUUCGGCGGCAUUUUCCACCUCGGUCGACCUCGGCAGCGCGCAAGAAACCCUUUCCACCCCCUUUUCCAACGCGUUUUUGCAGGAAUGGCUUCCAACCCUUACCCCCGCACUCCUUCCUCGCGCGUUUAGCCACCUUGUGAGCUCUUCUUCCCAUAGUGAAGCGCCAAAUCCGGGGUUUCAUGGAGAUCCCGCCACCUCCUUCGCUAUCCUCCCGCUUCACGAGUUGGAAAGGAUGGCGUUCGCCUGGAAGGAACGCGCGCGUUGGCGGCGGAUUCGCGACUUAAUCGCCUUUUGCACGGGCGAAGAGGGCUCAUCGACGGUCGUGGAAGGCCGCGGCGCGCUUCCGUUGGAUGCGUUUUAUCGUAACAUCCUCCCCCCCCCGCGGGAGGGUGAAAAGAACGAAACCGCACCUGCGAGUGAACGCGAAGGAAAGGGAAAGGAGCAGCUGUUCAUCCUGUGGGUGGUGCAGGUGUGUUUGUCGGCGCUUGGCGAGAGGGCCGCGGCGGAAUUCCCGCGGAGCGCCUCCACCCGAACGGCAAACCACAGCGAUCUUCAUAAUCACGAAACGACGAAUGCAAAUAUGGAAAGUGGGCGGUCGUUGCGUUGCGCGAUGCUUCACGAGGAGCUCGCGCGAUGGCUUUCGACGCGUGUGCUGCCGCUCCUUUGGUACUUCGCUGCGCCGUCGAAAUCCUCCACGGCGACGAACGGAUCGGAUGAAACCCACGGCAAUGGCGGGGUUUUGAGAAAGAAUGAAGAAACGGCAAUCGCAGACGCGCGGCGAUGCGGUGAAAACGCGGCGGAGGACUUUCCUGUGGAUGCGGGGUUGACGCUCGCGGAGCAGCUCCGCAUCCUGCACGCCUCCCUCGUUUUAGUGUGCUUUAACGUGGGGAUUCUCAACCACGACGACUUUUUUGGAAAGAAAGGCGCCACAGAAACUCCUCCCCCUCCUCAAGGUGCGCGAAGGCAGCUCGACGAGGAUCUGCUCACGUGCUCGUGGGAGUUAACGCGGAUGGGGAAGGGAAAAACGGACCCAUUCGAUCCAUCCCCUGACGUCUUUCACGCGCGCAUGCACGACAUCUUCCGCAGGGGCCUUCCAAUGAAGGCGGAAAAUAAUGAAAAAGGGGAGCUGGCGUCGUCUUUGAUUUGUGCGCGUGCGCUUCGAAGUUAUUUUCUCCACGCGGAGGAUUCCAUCUUCGCGGGGGAACGGAUUUCGUUAAGGUUUCCGUUUUCGCACCUGACGGAUCGCCGCAAUACCGCCGCGGUCGACGACGACGCGAGGAUCGAGCAGCUGAAUGAGCAGCUCAGUCGGAUCGCUCUUCACCAGGGGGAGGGGUGA